AUGACUCUUCGGAAGGGGUCGACUGUGUGGGUGGAAGAUAAGGACUCGGCUUGGGUAGCGGCCGAGGUAACUGAUUUUAUCGGUAAACAUGUUCAACUCCUCACAGUCUCCGGUAAAAAGGUGUUGGCGGUGCCAGAUAAAUUGCAUUUGCGGGAUACGGAGGCGGACCAUGGAGGAGUGGAUGACAUGACCAAACUAACUUACUUGAAUGAGCCGGGUGUUCUUGAUAAUCUGCAAAGAAGAUAUGCUCUCAAUGAAAUUUAUACAUACACUGGAAGUAUCUUGAUCGCUGUUAACCCGUUUACCAAGCUUCCUCAUCUAUAUAAUCUUUAUAUGAUGGAGCAGUAUAAGGGAGCCACCUUUGGCGAAUUGAGCCCCCAUGUAUUUGCUGUGGCUGAUGCUUCUUACAGAGCAAUGAUAAGUGAAGGUUGUAGCCAGUCUAUAUUAGUUAGUGGAGAAAGUGGGGCUGGAAAAACUGAGACAACGAAAUUGAUAAUGCAGUAUCUUACUUAUGUUGGUGGUCGUGCUAUUGGUGGUGAUAGAACCGUUGAACAACAAGUUCUCGAGUCAAACCCACUUUUGGAGGCAUUUGGCAAUGCAAGAACUGUUAGAAAUGACAAUUCAAGUCGCUUUGGCAAGUUUGUUGAGAUCCAGUUCAAUGCAAGUGGUAGAAUUUCUGGUGCUGCAAUUAGAACAUACUUACUGGAGCGAUCGCGUGUCGUUCAAAUAACAGACCCUGAAAGAAAUUACCACUGCUUUUAUCAGUUGUGCGCAUCUGACAGGGAUGCAGAAAUAUAUAAACUAGGACAUCCAAGCAAUUUCCAUUACUUGAAUCAAAGUAAGAUUUAUGAUUUAGAUGGAGUGAGCAAUGCCGAAGAAUACAUAAAAACAAGAAGGGCAAUGGAUAUUGUUGGCAUCAGUCAUGAGGAACAGGAAGCAAUAUUUCGGACCUUGGCUGCGAUUCUGCAUCUGGGAAACAUAGAAUUUUCUCCAGGCAAAGAGCAUGACUCAUCAGUUAUUAAGGAUCAGAAGUCUAACUUUCACUUACAGAUGGCUGCUGAUCUUUUUAUGUGUGAUGUGAAUCUUUUGCUCGCCACACUUUGCACGCGCUCAAUUCAAACUUACGAAGGAAUAAUUGUCAAAGCUCUUGAUUGUAAUGCUGCUGUAGCGGGUCGGGAUGCUUUGGCCAAAACAGUUUAUGCUGGACUAUUUGAUUGGCUUGUUGAAAAGAUUAACCGAUCAGUUGGGCAAGAUCAUGAAUCUAAGAUGCAAAUUGGAGUACUGGACAUAUAUGGAUUUGAAUGCUUUAAGCUUAACAGUUUUGAGCAAUUUUGCAUCAAUUUUGCGAACGAAAAGCUCCAACAACAUUUUAAUGAGCACGUGUUUAAGAUGGAGCAGGAGGAAUACAGAAGAGAAGAAAUCAAUUGGAGUUACAUUGAAUUUAUUGACAAUCAAGAUGUUUUAGAUCUAAUUGAGAAGAAGCCCAUAGGAAUCAUUGCUCUUUUAGAUGAAGCUUGCAUGUUCCCGAAAUCAACACACGAAACAUUUUCAAACAAGCUGUUCCAGAAUUUUCGGUCUCACCCACGGUUAGAGAAAGCGAAAUUUUCCGAAACAGAUUUUACCAUUGCUCACUAUGCUGGCAAGGUCACCUAUCAGACAGACACAUUUUUAGACAAAAACCGUGAUUACGUUGUUGUUGAACACUGCAAUUUACUAUCUUCUUCCAAAAGUCCUUUCAUUGCUGGCCUCUUUCCCCCACUACCAGAAGAAUCUUCACGAUCAUCAUACAAGUUUUCUUCAGUGGCCUCUCGGUUUAAGCAACAACUUCAAGCUCUCAUGGCAACUCUCAGCUCAACUGAGCCUCAUUACAUUAGAUGUGUGAAGCCAAACUCCUUAAACCGACCUCACAAGUUCGAAAACCAGAGCAUCCUACACCAAUUACGUUGUGGGGGUGUUUUAGAGGCUGUUCGUAUAAGUUUGGCAGGUUAUCCCACACGGAAGACUUAUCAUGAAUUUGUAGAUAGAUUUGGUAUAAUUGCCUUGGAUAUCCUGGACGAAAGUUAUGAUGAAAAAAUGACAACUGCAAAAAUUCUGCAGAGAUUGAAUCUUGGGAACUUUCAGUUGGGAAAAACCAAAGUUUUCCUUCGUGCUGGCCAGAUUGGUAUCUUAGACGCACGUCGAGCUGAGGUUUUGGAUUCAGCAGCAAAGCAUAUUCAGGGCCGCCUACGGACAUUUCAUGCGCGCCGGGACUUUAUCUCACACCGUGUGGCUGCAAUUUCUCUACAAUCAUGCUGCAGAGGUUAUCUUGCUCGAAAUAUGUAUGCUGCGUUGCGUAAGGCAGCAGCUGCCAUUGAAAUACAGAAGUUUGUCAGAAGAUGGAUUUUGAGGCAUGCAUAUAUUCAACUCUAUGCGUCAUCUGUAGUUGUACAAUCUAGCAUCCGUGGGUUUUCAACUCGACAGAGGUUUUUAUAUAGAAAGGAACAUAAAGCAGCCACUCUCAUUCAGGCUCAUUGGAGAAUGUUCAGGAUCCGCUCAGUUUAUCUUAAUCGUCAAUCUAAUAUCAUUGCAAUACAAUGUCUUUGGAGGCAAAAGUUGGCAAAAAGAGAACUCAGGAGGCUUAAAAAGGAGGCCAAUGAGGCUGGUGCUCUGCGCUUGGCAAAAAGCAAGCUUGAAAAGCAAUUGGAGGAUCUCACAUGGAGAUUGCACCUAGAGAAAAAACUAAGGGUGUCUAAUGAAGAGGCUAAGUUGGUGGAAAUCUCAAAACUUCAGAAGACUGUCGAGUCUUUGAGCCUUGAACUAGACGCUGCUAAGCUUGCAAGCCUUAAUGAGUUCAAUAAAAAUGUAGUGCUACAAAAACAACUUGAGUCAUCGGCUAAGGAUAAAUCUGCUUUGGAAAAAGACGUUAUUUCUGUGGCAGAAUUGAGGAAAGAAAAUUAUGUUUUGAAGAGUUCUUUGAGUGCACUGGAGCAGAAGAAUUCAACCCUAGAGCGUGAACUUGCGAAGGCCAAAGAAGAUGCAAGUAUUACCAUUAUAAAGUUGAGGGAAGUUGAGAAAACAUGUUUGCAACUCAAACAGAAUUUGCAAAGUAUGGAAGAAAAGGUGUCAAAUUUGGAGAAUGAGAAUCAUAUCCUAAGGCAAAAAACUUUAAAUGUGUCUCCAAAGAGCAACCGUGCUGGUGUUAUCAAGCCCUUCUUGGAGAAAUUCUCUGAUGCACUUGUUCUUCCUGCUGCCGAACGGAAACCUUCAUUUGAAUCACCCACUCCUUCCAAAAUCAUGGCACCUUUCUCGCACGGGUUUUCUGAUUCCCGCAGAACAAAGUUAACUGUCGAAAGACCUCAGGAAAAUUAUGAAGUUAUUUCACGGUGCAUUAAAGAGAAUUUGGGCUUUAAAGAUGGGAAACCAGUAGCUGCCUGUGUAAUCUACAGGUGCCUUCUUCAUUGGCGUGCCUUUGAGUCCGAGAGAACAGCUAUUUUUGACUUUAUUAUUGAGGGCAUCAAUGAUGUUAUGAAGGAAGGUGACGAGGAUGCUACCUUGCCUUACUGGUUAUCUAAUACAUCAGCACUUCUAUGCCUCCUCCAAAGGAAUCUACGCUCCAAUGGUUUCUUGACUGCAACUUCUCAGCGAUCUGCAGGGUCUACUGGUUUGAGUGGAAGGGUUGCACUAGGUUCAAAAUCGCCUUUCAGAUUUAUUGGAUUGGAGGAUGGUUUAUCACAUAUGGAAGCAAGAUAUCCUGCUAUGUUGUUUAAACAACAAUUAACUGCUUGCGUAGAGAAGAUAUUUGGCUUGAUUCGCGAUAAUUUGAAGAAGGAAAUCUCUCCCCUAUUGAUUCAAUGCAUUCAGGCACCAAAAAAUCAACGAGUGCAUGGUGGAAAGUCAUCUAGAUCACCUGGAGCUAUUCCUCAGCAGUUACCAAGCAGCGAAUGGGAUGGCAUCAUCAAAUUCUUGGAUUCUCUUAUGAGUCGUCUGCAUGCAAAUCAUGUUCCUUCAUUUUUCAUCCGGAAGCUCAUUACCCAAGUAUUCUCUUUCAUCAAUAUAUCACUGUUUAACAGCCUUCUGCUUCGACGUGAAUGCUGCACAUUUUCAAAUGGAGAAUAUGUCAAAUCUGGACUGGCAGAACUAGAAAAAUGGAUAGUCAAUGCGAAGGAGGAGUUUGCUGGAACCUCUUGGCAUGAGCUAAAUUACAUUCGUCAAGCUGUUGGAUUUCUGGUAAUACAUCAAAAGAGGAAAAAAUCUUUAGAGGAGAUAAGGCAAGAUCUCUGUCCGGCAUUGACUGUUAGACAAAUCUAUCGGAUAAGUACCAUGUAUUGGGAUGAUAAGUAUGGGACUCAAAGUGUGUCAAAUGAGGUCGUUUCCCAGAUGAGGGAGAUUGUAAAUAAGGACUCCCAAAAUAUAUCAUCAAAUUCAUUUCUACUGGAUGAUGAUCUUAGCAUUCCAUUCUUAACUGAAGAUGUUUAUAUGGCCAUUCCUGCUAUAGAUCAUUCAGAUAUAGAGGUUCCAAAGUUCUUGUCAGAAUAUCCUUCAGCACAGUUUCUGGUGCAACAACCGAAGUGA